AUGGAAAAGGGCGACGGCACCACGGAAGCAUACCGCGGCCCCAAGCUACCAAAUGUCCCAGAAGACCUGGUGGUAACGGGCGUUCUUGACUUAGAAUGCGACGAGCGAUUGUGGGUUCCCCAAGCAAAGGACGUCUGGUUCCGACCCCUUUGCUUCAAUGUGUCGCAAGGCUAUUUCGUCAACAUUCUACGCGUUCGAAAGAGUGGCAUUCUUUCCCGCCACCGACAUACAGGCCCCGUGCAUGCCACAGUACUGCGGGGCCGCUGGCAUUAUCUCGAACACGAUUGGUGGGCUGAGGAAGGUGGCUAUGCCUUCGAGCCUCCUGGUGAUAUCCAUACUCUGGAGGUGCCAGAAGGUGUGAAUGAGAUGGUCACUCUUUUCCAUGUGACGGGUGCGUACAUCUACGUCGAUCGCGACGGAGUUGCUCUGGGUAUUGAGGAUGUAUUUAGCAAGCUGCAGGCAGCAAGAAAGCAUUAUGAGGAGGUUGGCCUGGGCGCUGAAUUUGCGGAUCAGUUUGUCAGAUAA